CGUUGAAUUUAAUACUGAUUCUACACAGCUCGCGCCUUGUUCAUUAUAGAUAAGACCAAUAGGUUAUGAUCACUAAAUGAUUUUGUUAAUAUUUUUAUAUAUAUUACUUGAUUAUGUCAAAGUUGAGAAAGAUUAGUCAUAUCACAUAUCAACUGCAAGAAAGUCAAAGUUAUUAGUUUGUAGAACUGAGUGCAUUUAGUCUAAAACGGUUAUAAAAUAUUCCUGUUUAUUUUCGAAAAGUAUUAUUUCGUUUAUCCAGCUUUAUCUAAAACUAUAAGUAAUUAAAUAGAAAUUGAAUACGAGGGUGCAGUUAUAUUGCAGCUCAGUUAAGUUCUAGUGCUAUAGAUUUUUGCAAAAUUGUAUUUAUUUAAUUUUAUGUGAUUAUGGUCCCAUUUCCUAUAUACUCAAGCGUGAAUAAACACAUGUCACAUUUUCCAGAUCUUGAAAAUACAAUGUAUAUACUAGCUUGAAAUCUUAAUUGAUCACGUAAAAAAUGUUUUAUUUUCAUAAAUAAGUAUGUUCGGAGUUGUUCAAAAAGUGUUAUGAUAUUAUCUAUCGUCGUACGAACUGGAACCAGGCACGACUUGAAUGCUUGAGAAGAAGUAUGACCCUUGUGUCAAUAUUGUCUUUGACUGAAAUGCGAUUUAUUAAAGAGGUUCUACGCGACAAGAGGUUUCUCGACGUCCCUCAAACCUACUAUGAUGUUAAUUUUUACGUGCACAUAGGAUUAUUACAGACACAAGAUUACGACAAAUAUAUUUGGGAAAAUGGAUAUUAUGCAACAUAUUUUACUGCAUGGAACCAGAAUCGUAACUCCUCAGGAAACUGCACUCGGAUGAACUUUCAAAUGUUUGAUGAUGACCAAACGUGGGAACGUGAAGACUGUGUUCACGAACUAGCGGAAUAUAUAAUGUGUGACAUGAAUCAGUUGGAAACAAAAAAUACAAUUUAA